AUGUCACCAACCGUUCUACAUGUCCGUGCAGAGACCAAGCCAUUGGAGCAUCGGUCGUCCAUCACCCCCUCCAUCGCUAAGAAACUCGUCGAUGCUGGCUACGUCGUCAACGUCGAGCGUUCGUCUCUGAGCAUUUUCAAUGACUCAGAAUAUGAGGGUACCGGUGCCUCGCUGGUCCCCGAAGGCUCUUGGACCGAUGUACCCAAGGAACACAUCAUCAUCGGCUUGAAGGAGCUGCCGGAAGAGGACUUCCCACUCAAGCACACUCACGUUCAAUUCGCUCAUUGCUACAAGGAUCAAGGCGGCUGGCAGAAUGUGCUGAGUCGCUUUCCUCGCGGCAAUGGCACUCUGCUGGAUCUCGAAUUCCUCGAGGAUGAGAAUGGCAGACGAGUUGCCGCCUUCGGCUACCAUGCCGGCUUUGCGGGCGCUGCUCUCUCUUUGAUGGCCUGGGCCCAUCAGCUAGUCCACGGAAAGGACUCGCUCCUACCGGGCGUCAAGCCUUACGAAAACGAGAACCUGUUGAUUGACGAUGUCAAGAAAGCGGUUGCAGAGGGCAAGGCUAAGACUGGACGCCUUCCCCGAGUUCUCGUCAUUGGCGCACUAGGUCGUUGCGGACGUGGCGCUGUCGAUCUCUGCGUCAAGGCCGGACUUGAAGAUAUCAUUCAAUGGGAUAUUGCCGAGACCAAGGCCAAGCAGGGACCAUACCAAGAGAUCGUCGAGUCAGACAUCUUUGUCAACUGCAUUUACCUUUCUGCGAAGAUCCCGCCCUUCAUCGACCAGGCUUCUCUGGCGUCGCCGCAACGCAAGCUGGCCGUGGUAUGCGAUGUUUCGUGUGACACCACCAACCCCAACAACCCGAUCCCGAUCUACGACAUCAACACCACUUUCUCGGAGCCGACUGUUCCCGUCAAGCUCGGCGCUGAUGCGACGGACUUGCCCUUGACCGUCAUCAGCAUUGACCAUCUGCCUUCUUUGCUACCGCGCGAAGCGUCUGAGGCCUUCAGCUCGGCACUUCUCCCCAGCUUGUUGGAGCUGAACGACUGGAAGAAUGCAAGGGUGUGGGCCCAGGCGGAAAAAUUGUUCAAGGACAAGUGCGCCAAGCUCCCUGAGAGCACCGCGUAG